GCAUGAUACUCUUUGAGAACAUGUUCGUAACGCAAACCAGGUUUAUCUUCCUAGACCCCCCGUUGAUGCUCUUCAUCGCGCUCACGGUAUACACAGCCGUAAAGCUGCACAACUGCCGUGCACAGGCCUUCUCUAAACUGUGGGUCAUGUGGAUGGCUCUAACAGGACUCAACCUGGGCCUGGCUGUGAGUGUCAAGUGGAUAG